UGUAUUGGAGCCGAAGCAGGACAAGUAAAACAUAGCUGUGGGUGAAAUAUGAAGUAAGCGAGUUGAACCUCUGCGAGUUAUUUUGCGGUUGCGAGCUGAUUCCUAAAACAAACAGCGUGAAUCAGCUGAUCGCGACUCACGGGCAACGGCGGGCAGGAGGCUUUGCAGGUCGCGAUGAACAGUCCAAGUGUGUGGAGGCUUCUGUGUGUGGCCGCCUUGCUGCAGCCCUCACUCUCUGCCCUGCUGAGUGUGACCUUCGAUGGAUCUAAGUAUUAUGCUCACGAGGGGAUAACAAAGACGUGGGUGGCUACAGGAAGCUUCUUUGACAACACAACUAAAGAUGGGUGGGGAUAUUUAGAGAUCAAGACAAAUCCUGCCUUCCCUGAUACAGUCCAGGCUUAUGCUGCUGGUUUUGCUGAAGGGGUUAUGACCACAGACAUGAUCUACAAAGCAUACAGGAACACAAUGGAAGGGCUGUGUGAAUGGAAGUCAAAAGAAUUUUGUGAAAAUUUGAAAUCUUACCUCGAAACCAAUUUUCAAUGGAUGGAGGCCAUGAUUGCUGUGAAAGGCAAGACUUGCCCAGUGUGGCACAAUGUUGAACUGAUUUUGGCUCAACUUCGUGGCAUCAACGACGGCUACAAUAAAACUGCUAAGGAACCCAUGAUGGAAGGCGCACUUCUGCUGAUGAAUCUAGCAGGAGACCUCGAGGACUUGGAAACUGCCCUGAGUCCCAAGCUCCAGAGCAUGAGUUUGAAGGAGUGGGUGGAGUCUGGACGCACCACCGGAGACGGCCACUGCUCGGCACUGAUAAAGCUGCUUCCUGGCAACACUGACCUCUAUGUCUCUCAUGUCACCUGGAACACGUUCCAGUCAAUGCUGAGAAUACUGAAAAAAUAUAUCAUGCCCUUCCGCCGCACUGGAUCGUCAGGCCCCAAAGAUAUAAUUCCUGGCCACACGGUCUCAUUCUCAUCUUACCCUGGCAUACUGUCUUCAGGAGAUGACUAUUAUAUUCUCUCAUCUGGCUUGGUCAGUCUGGAAACUACCAUUGGUAAUGGCAACCCAGCUUUGUGGAAGAAUGUCACUGCCACAGGAGAGUUACAGGAAUGGAUUCGCACAAUCGUUGCAAAUCGUGUUGCAGCAGAUGGAAAGAGCUGGUCAGACUUCUUCUCCAUGCAUAAUAGUGGAACUUACAACAACCAGUGGAUGGUAGUUGACUACAAGCUCUUCAAACCUGGAAAGGCUAUCAGACCAAACACACUGUGGGUAUUGGAGCAGCUUCCUGGCACCAUAGUGGCUGAUGACCAGUCAGACAUUCUAAGCAAGCAGUCAUACUGGCCCAGCUACAAUGCUCCAUUUUACAAAACUAUAUUCAAUCUCAGCGGUGCACCAGCCAUGGUGGAGCGUUAUGGGGACUGGUUCACUUAUGACAAAACUCCGAGAGCUUUAAUCUUUAAGAGGGAUCAUAUUUCAGUUAAGAAUUUAAAAACAAUGAUAAAACUGAUGAGAUACAACAACUUCCAACAUGAUCAGCUCUCAAGAUGCAACUGCACCCCUCCUUACAGUGGAGAGAAUGCUAUUUCAGCCAGAAACGAUUUGAACCCUAAAAAUGGAACCUAUCCAUUUGGGGCACUGGGUCACAGGUCUCACGGAGGAACUGAUAUGAAAGUUACUAACCUCAAAAUGGCAUCACAGCUUUCGUUCCUGGCUGUCAAUGGGCCAACGUAUGACCAACAGCCAGUUUUUAGGUGGAGUGAACAGGACUUUGCAAAUAAUACACCUCACUAUGGACAUCCUGAUGCAUGGAAGUUCCCAGUAAUUGGCCUCAAAUGGUUGUGGCAAUAGAUAAGUGAGUAAGUGAAGAUAUUCUAUAAUUGGCCUCAAAUGGUUGUGGCAAUAAGUAUGUAAGUGAAGAUAUUCUAUCAGUGUAAUGAUGUGGUACUGUUUGGUGAUAACCUUUAUUAGCUAAUAUUUUAAAAGAAACACCAAUCACGUUCACACUAUGGUUUAUAUAUCUAUUUUAGAUCUUAGAAUAAGAAAAAAAGAACCGUUUUUCAAUUCAGCCAAAAAGAAACUUUAAACAUUAUCAUGUAUAUGUGCUACUUAUUGUAUUCUUGAUAAAAUACACGUAACUACUACAUAUCAUUGAGUGGAGAGCAUACUUAGCUAUGGAUCAGCAGGCCCAGAUUCAAAUCCCAGCCCGGGCAGUUGGUGCACAGUCCUUGCAGCUGUUCAUCUUCCCUCUCAGACUGGUUGAUGAAUGGGUACCUGGGGAAGGUUAACUGUGGGAACCCAAAUGUCAUGCUUGCCCUGUGUCCUGGAGUAGUAGGUUCUUACCCUCCUCAAGCUCAAGGAACAUUGAGACAGAUGAUCCCCGAGGUCAUGCACGGCUGUUGCAUAUGCCCCCAGCUGUACAACCCAUAACAUAUCUGUACAUAAUUAUUUAGAAGAAAUGUACCUUUAUACUCCGCAAUAUUUUAAAUGCAUCUUUUAUAAAUUGCAGAAUUGUG